CUAACAAUAUAAUAAAACAAAAAAUGAAAACCUUCACUAUAUACACUUUGCCAAUUGGAUUCCACCAUUAGAGUAGGUACACUGAGUGAGUAACCAACCGUAAUCAUAAUCUCCGGCACCACCAUCACCAUGACCACCAAUUUCCAAUCAAUCCCUCUCAUCGAUAUUAGUCCUCUGGUAGCUAAGUGCGAUGAUCCAAACGCCAUGGAGGACAAAGGUUUCGCCGAAGUUGUUAGACUUCUAGAUAGUGCUUGUAGGGAUGCCGGUUUCUUUUAUGUGAAAGGUCACGGCAUUCCUGAUUCUCUUAUCAAAGACGUAAGAGAUAUAACACACAACUUCUUCGAUCUACCUUACGAGGAGAAACUCAAGAUUGAACUAUCUAGUGAAACUGGAUACAGGGGAUACCAGCGAGUUGGUGUGAAUGUAACUAAAGGUGUACCUGAUAGGCAUGAAGCUAUUGAUUGUUACAAAGAAUUAAGCAAAGGGAUGUAUGGAGAUCUUGGCGACCCGUUAGUCGGUACCAACAAAUGGCCAACGGACCCCCCUAACUUUAAGAAACUUAUGGAGGAGUAUCUUGUCCUCUGCACAGAGUUAUCAAGAAAAAUCAUGCGAGGGAUAGCUCUGGCACUUGGUGGCUCCGUAGAUGCAUUUGAAGGAAAAAUAGCCGGAGAUCCAUUUUGGGUGUUGCGUAUAAUAGGUUAUCCUGGUGUCACGCCUAUAAGUGAUGAGUGCUUGCCAAAAAAUGAUAUCGGAUGUGGGGCCCACACAGAUUACGGUUUAUUGACAUUGGUUAAUCAAGACGAUGACAAAACUGCACUUCAGGUGAGAAACCUUUCAGGCGAGUGGAUAUCAGCAGUUCCCAUCCCUGGAACAUUUGUCUGCAAUAUCGGUGAUAUGCUUAAGAUUUUAACAAAUGGUGUUUAUGAAUCAACGCUGCAUCGGGUGAUUAACAACUCUCCAAAUUUCAGAGUCUGCGUAGCGUACUUUUAUGAGACAAACUUUGAUGCUGUUAUAAGUCCCUUGGAUGUUUGCUUAACGAAGACGGGUGGAAACAAGAAACUUGCAACAGCUGUUUAUGGGGAGCAUCUAGUUAGUAAAGUUACCACUAAUUUUGCAUAUUGAUGUUCAAUUGAGGACAGAAUUGCUAUUCCAUAUUUAUAUCAAAGUGUAUAAUUAAAACAAAAUGUGGUUUUGUAACAACCGGUAUCAGCUAUAAGGUGUUAAGUUCACUUC